CAUUUCAUCUGUGCCACAGCAUGUUUGCUUCUCCAUUGGGAACUCCUGUUUCUCCUUGCCUCGAAAUGGACCCCAACUGCUCCUGCUUGCCUGGGGGCUCCUGCGGCCGUGCAGGCUCCUGCAAAUGCAAAGAGUGCAAAUACACCUCCUGCAAGAAGAGCUGCUGCUCCUGCUGCCCUGUGGGCUGUGCCAAGUGUGCCCAGGGCUGCAUCUGCAAAGAAAAAUUGGACAAGUGCACUUGCUGUAUCUGAUGCUGGGACAGCCCUGCUCCCAGAGGUAAAUACAGCAACCUGUACAAACCUGGAUUUU